AUGGUGGUCAAGAUCCGUCUCGCCCGUUUCGGGCGUCGCAACCUCCCAUUCUACAACAUUGUCGUCUCUCACGCACGAACCGCCCGCAACUCCAAACCCCUCGAGGUGCUGGGAACGUACGACCCCAUACCCAAAGCCGACCCGUACGGCAACCCCAAGGAGCUCCACAAGGACAUCAACCUCGACAUCUCGCGCGCCAAGUACUGGAUCGGCGUGGGCGCCCAGCCGACGGAUCGCAUGUGGCGCAUCCUCAGCAUGGCCGGCGUCCUCCCCGAGAAGAAGUUCGAACCCGCCAAGAAGGUGGCCAUGCCGCCUGUCGAGGCCGACAGCGUGCGUAUUCGCUAA